CGAUAAUCUGAUUUCAUCUGAUUAUUUCGACGUAUUUAUUUCGAUGCAGCUUUUUUGCAUGGACCUUUCAGCACAAUAACUAAUAAGUUGUAAUAUUUCCAAUAAUAAAGUGCCGUUCGAUAUAAGGAAAAAUGAAAUACUAUCUGAUAUCAGCUAUACUAUUUUCGCUAUGUUAUGCCAUAUGCGCAGGACCAAUGCAAGUCCUAGACCUUGAACCAGUUAAGGAAUGUGUUAAGUCCGGCAUGAUGUGUGACACAUGUACUAGCAGUGCUAUGUGUGUUAAAGUGGGCAAUGCUUUCAAGAAAGUCAAUCAAAUGACUUGUCCUGAUGGAACCACGUGCUUAGGGGGCACGUGUACGAAAGAAGUCAACCCUCCUUGCGAUUAUGCUAACAUAGACUUUCCUUGUCAGUACACAGGAGCCUAUCCUCAUCCAGGAGAUUGGUCUAAGUACAUUUACUGUGUCCCCAACGGCGAUGGUACAUUUAAUGCUGUCACAAUAGACUGUGAGCCUGGUACUGGUUACAACGCCCAAACAACCUACUGCAGUAGAAAUUUGACAACUAUCUCCCCCAAUGUCUUUCCAAUAACAAGAUGCUUAGAACCAAGCCAAAACCCACUUGUUCAUCCCGAUAAUCCUUCAAUUUACUACAUCUGCAGUCAGAUUCAAGGUUGGGAUAAGCUCUAUCCUAUGCAGUUCACCUGUCCUAGUGGAGGUGCAUUCAAAGAUGGUGAAUGUAUUAUAACGUUGAGUGAUGAAACCAAUAGAAAGUAAAUAAAUUACAUUGAUCA